AUGCAGCCGUCACUUAGCUCCCUCGAAGAGCGGAAGCGGCGCUCUCGGAACAUCGUCUUUGCGGCUUUCCUUCUCCUCGUUGUAAUAUGGAGCGUCAAGCUGGCCUUCCCUCACCACACGCUCGCCUCCGCCUACCAGAACAGCAACAACAUCGACAGCGAUGAUAUGACUCCCCUUCCGCCUCCGGUGGCGGCAGCUACCGAACCAGAAAAAUCUGCACAGGCGGGACCAACGGCCCUGGACAGCACCAAGCCGGUGACACCCUUCAACGAUACUCAGAAGGAAAAGGUAGCGGUGAUCAUCGAGACCAGAUUUCGUACGAACCUCGUCCCCCUGAUCCUGCACUUCAGCAGCGUUCUCGGCCCAUCAUGGCCCAUCAUCAUUUACACGUCGCCCGAAGCUGUCGGCAUGUUCGUGACAUCGGCCGCGCUGGCCCGGUACAUCAAAAUCGGCACGAUCGAGAUCCGUAUCUUGCCCCAGGAGACGCUCUUUACCAAUUCUGACUCGGUCAAUGCCUUCAAAAUUGCAAAGGCUGACUGUAUCUGUGUUUCAGUGACCAACUCGUGGCUGUGGACCAAUCUGGCGCCCUACGAACACAUCCUCAUCUUUCAGAGCGACAGCAUGCUCUGCGCCAACGCGGCGCGGAGCGUGGAGGAUUUCUUCGAAUAUGACCUGGUCGGAGCGCCGAUUGCCGCGGACCGGGGUAGUGGCUACAACGGGGGGCUCAGCCUGCGGAAACGCAGCACGAUCUUGAGAGUCUUGGACCGAUUCGUCUGGGAAGAAGAGAAGCACAAGGGCGCCGCUAACGAGAACCGGUUUGAGGACCAGUAUUAUUAUAACCGGUGUGCACCAGGUCCACCGGUGGUUGAAAAAGCAGAUGGUCAGCCUGGACGACUGGUGUCCGGAGUACAAGUUGUGCAGCGUGUCUUACAUCAAGGACGAGCCUGCUUGAUGAAGAAGAAGGAGGAGAAGAAGAAGAAGAAGAAGGAGAAGAAGAAGGAGAGGAAGAAGAAGAAUAAGAAACUCUGCCCUCUCCAUUCUUUAUCUCCUCACUUCUUCUCACCCGACUCAACUCGACAUCUUAGUCCUUCUUCAAAACCAAACCAAAACCAAAACCAAACCCAAAACCAAAUCAGAAACCAAAAUGGUAUUGUGCACUCACUCGUUCCAUAUGCCCUCCCUACCCGUCUCGCCCAUCGCCCAUCGCCCAUCGUCCAGAACGCUGACAAGACACAACAUGAACAGGUCAAGGUACUCCUAGUAUUAUACGAUGGCAAGAAGCAUGCCGAGGAGGUCCCAGAGCUUCUCGGCACAACCGAGAACGAGCUCGGUAUCCGCAAGUGGCUCGAGGAUCAAGGACACACUCUCGUCACCACAUCCGACAAGGAGGGGGAGAACUCCAAGUUUGACCAAGAGCUCGUUGACGCCGAGGUCAUCAUCACCACCCCUUUCCACCCCGGUUACCUAACCGCUGAGCGUUUGGCCAAGGCCAAAAAGCUCAAGAUUGCCAUCACCGCGGGUAUCGGAUCGGAUCACGUCGACCUGAACGCUGCCAAUACGACCAAUGGUGGUAUCACCGUUGCUGAGGUCACUGGUUCCAAUGUGGUCUCGGUCGCCGAGCACGUGGUCAUGACCAUCCUCAUCCUUGUUCGCAACUUUGUCCCCGCUCACGAGCAGAUCCAAGCUGGUGAAUGGGACGUCGCUGCUGCCGCCAAGAACGAAUUCGAUCUCGAGGGCAAGGUCGUCGGUACCGUUGCUGUCGGUCGUAUCGGUGAGCGUGUCUUGAGACGUCUAAAGCCAUUUGACUGCAAGGAGCUCCUCUACUUCGAUUACCAGCCCCUCAAGCCGGAGAUUGAGAAGGAGAUUGGAUGCCGACGUGUAGAGAGCCUCGAGGAGAUGUUGGCCCAGUGUGAUGUGGUCACCAUCAACUGCCCUCUCCACGAGAAGACCCGUGGAUCAUGGCUCGUGAACACCGCCCGUGGCGCCAUUGUCGUCAAGGAGGACGUCGCCGAGGCGCUCAAGUCGGGUCACCUUCGCGGAUACGGUGGGGAUGUUUGGUUUCCCCAACCAGCACCCAAGGACCACCCUCUCAGAUACGCAAAGAACCCCUUCGGUGGUGGAAACGCUAUGGUUCCUCACAUGUCCGGUACCUCCCUCGAUGCCCAGAGGAGAUACGCGGACGGUACCAAGUCCAUCCUGCAGAGCUACCUGAGCGGCAAGCACGACUACAGACCACAGGACCUGAUUGUCAUCAACGGUGACUACGCCACUAAGGCUUACGGUGAGCGUGCAAAGAAUUCGGGCUCGAGCGGAGCGAACAAGGCAUGA